AUGACAUUUGCAUCCGUAGGUCUUUCACCUGUGAGCAGAAUUCAUGGGAGCUUCACUUGUCAUAUUUGUAAAAAAGAACUGAAAACAACAAAUGGAUUCAGGUCUCAUAUGGUCAAACACGGUUUAAAGAUGAGUAUAGAAUGUGACACGAGUCUUCCGCUGUCCAAAAAGUCAUUGAAAGAUUUGGAACAUGUCUCCACAGAUAACAUAUCGCCACGCGAUAGUAUCGGUCAUAUUCCACCUAAGGAACUUAAUAUCAAGGAAUCUACUGAAAAUAAUAAGAAACGUAGGCUGCUAACUUAUUCACAAACCAUCCUUGCUUCAAGUGAUUCUGUUGCAGCUGAUACUCAAGAACAAACAGAUAAGCUUAUGAUUGCAAAACUUGGUAGAUGGGUUCCUAUCAUCUAUGAAUCUGAGGGUGAACAGCAUGGUCUCUUAACUUCUACCCGAUCAGCGACCAAGUUGUUGCAAGAAUCAUUGCAUACUAACGACAUUGAUCCAACUAUUGGCGUUCCUUGUCAUAAAGAUUAUUGUGAUAGUGAUUCUCUUAUAGAGCAUAUCAAAUCAAAUAGUCAAGCAGCAAAGAAGCUUUCAGCAACUCGUCAUGAAGAGCUUACUCUUGAACAAUCUAAUAUUUUAAAUCAAGAUUGGCUCGAGUAUCCUCAUUUACGAUACUGCGGAUCUCAGAUGUUAGCCGGGGCCAUUUUAGUUGAGGGCCCAAAUUCGAUUUUGUUGAAUACUGUGGAACCGUAUUCUCGCGACCCUUUGCUUGACGCCCAUUAUGAAAGAUUGGCUGCUGGCCAGUCAACAUUCCCAACGUCACUUGGUAUUUAUGGAUUCUUAUCAAUUUGUUUGGUUGAAACACAGGACGGCAGAAAGUUAAUAGUAGGAACUCGAACUUGCAAUUUCCUCAUCACAUCAAGUAUGCGCCUGGACGUCCACUCUAUAAAUCUUGGACCAUCAACCACACACUUUACCCCAACAACAAAAACAAGGCUAUUUCUUGAUAAGGCUUCACUUGAUAUCGUCAAAACAAUGCUCCAAGACGAAACCAUCAACCAAUGCCAACAAAUGCCUAUUUUGUACCAAUUAAGACAAUUACGAAGCAAAUUUGAUUGCCUUUCCACUUACACAAAAUGCCGAGCAUCAUCAUCAUUAUUAAGCCAUCCAUUCUUACAACCGACAACAAUCUGGACCUUGUCUUCACAAAAUGGCUCAAACUCAAAUUUGAUCAAUUUGUCACAAGAAAAAAUAGGAGCUUUAAUAUUCAGAACACUUGCUGUUCAAGUUUCCAGAUAUGGCGCUCAUGCCUCCCUCGAUCGCGUUGCAGUUGACGAAGUUGCGGCACUUACAAAGAAUACAUCUACUUCAGCAAUCUUGAAAAAUAUCCAAAGACUAUUUGACGAUAAAGACGAAAUUAAAAUCAUUAAUAAUUCUGCUCUUAACAGCCAAUUAACUGACCUCGCCAACAAUAUCAACAAGAAAAAAGACGAUGAAAAAAAAGUUAAAAGUAUUGUUGAUGAACUGUAUGAUUAA